AUGGCUCCUCAACCCCCACCACCCCUCGAGGGGAAGAAAAGACGUAUCGCUAUCAUGACCAGUGGAGGUGAUUCUCCCGGUAUGAAUGGUGUUGUGCGAGCUUGCGUUCGAAUGGCAAUUUAUAAAGGAUGUGAACCAUAUUGUAUCUAUGAAGGAUACGAAGGGUUAGUUCAAGGAGGAAAAUUGAUCAAAAAGAUGGGCUGGGAAGAUGUUCGUGGAUGGCAAUCAGAAGGAGGUACUCUUAUUGGUACUGCCAGAUGUAUGGCUUUCUACGAACGACCCGGCAGAUUACAAGCAGCAAAGAAUAUGGUGUUGAAUGGAAUUGAUGCUCUCAUCAUUUGUGGUGGUGACGGCUCCUUGACUGGAGCUGAUAAAUUCAGAGCGGAAUGGCCUGGGUUGAUCAAGGAAUUGAUUGAAAAGAAAGAAUUAUCGGAACAACAAGUUGCACCAUUCAAACAUCUCAACAUCGUUGGAUUGGUUGGUUCAAUUGAUAAUGAUAUGUCUGGUACCGAUGCUACAAUUGGUUGCUUUUCAGCUCUUGGCAAGAUUUGCGAGAUGGUGGAUUAUAUCGAACAAACUGCUUCAUCACAUUCGAGAGCUUUCGUUAUUGAAGUUAUGGGUAGACAUUGUGGUUGGUUAGCUUUGAUGGCUGGUGUUGCUACUGGUGCAGAUUUUGUUUUCAUUCCAGAAAAACCAAGAGCAGACAAUUGGAAAGAAGAGAUGCACAUGGUCAUUCAGAAGCAUAGACAAUUGGGAAAGAGAAAGACAAUUGUUAUUGUUGCUGAAGGUGCUCAUGAUCAAGGAGGAAAUAAGAUUUCUCCAGAAAUGAUCAAGGAUCUUCUUGCAGACAAGAAUGGACUCGCUCUUGAUACACGUAUUUCAACAUUGGGUCAUGUUCAACGUGGUGGUUCUGCAUGUGCUUAUGAUCGAUACCUUUCCACUUUACAAGGUAUCGAAGCAGUUAAUGCUGUUCUUGAUGCUACGCCAGAAACGGUUACCCCUUUUAUCGCCAUUAACGAGAACAAAAUUACAAGAAAACCGCUUGUUCAAUCAGUUAUUGAUACUCAAGAAGUCGCAAAGGCUAUUGAAGCAAAAGAUUUCGAAAGAGCUAUGGCACUCAGAGAUACAGAAUUUUCUGACUUUUACGAUUCCUACAUGACUACAACAGCCACUGAUCUUAACAAUGAAAUGCGUCUUCCUGAUAAGAAGCACAUGAGAAUUGCUAUCGUACAUGUUGGAGCCCCAGCUGGUGGUGUUAACGCUGCUACACGUGCAGCUGUUGCUUAUUGCUUAACUCGUGGACAUACACCAAUUGCGAUUCAUAAUGGCUUCGCUGGAUUUGCCCGUCAUCACCAAGAUAACCCAGGAUCAGUUCGAGAAUUUGAUUGGUUAGAAGUUGAUGGAUGGGCUAGUAAGGGUGGUUCAGAAAUUGGUAUGAACCGUGAACUUCCAUCGGAAUCUGGAAUGCCAUUGGUCGCAUCACUUUUUGAGAAGUUCAAGAUUGAUGGUCUUCUCAUCAUUGGAGGUUUCGAAGGUUUCCAUGCCUUAUCCGAACUUCGUCAAGCAAGAGAAACUUAUUCUUCUCUUUGCAUUCCUAUGACUUUACUUCCAGCCACUAUUUCCAACAACGUUCCAGGAACAGAAUAUUCGAUUGGUUCGGAUACCUGUUUGAACGAACUUGUUCGUUAUUGCGAUACCAUUAAACAAUCCGCUUCAGCUUCCCGUCGUCGUGUUUUCGUUAUUGAAACUCAAGGUGGUCGAUCUGGUUAUGUUGCUACCAUGGCUGGUCUCGCUGUUGGUGCAUCAGCUGUCUAUACUCCUGAAGAAGGUGUCAGUAUUGGUAUGCUCGCAGCAGAUAUCGCACAUCUCAAGGAAGUUUUCGAGAAAGACAGUGGCCAAUCAAGAGCUGGACGUCUUAUCCUUAUCAACGAAAAGGCAUCAAAGGUUUACCACGCCAAACUUAUCGCUGAUAUGAUUCGUGAAGAAGCUGCCGAUCGUUUCGAAUCCAGAGAUAGUAUUCCAGGUCACGUUCAACAAGGUGGUACUCCAUCUCCUAUGGAUCGUACCCGAGCCGUUCGCUUAGCUAUCAAAUGUAUUGAACAUCUCGAAAAAUAUGAAGAUAGAACCGAUAAAAAGAUUAUCGAGGAUAAACAAAGUUCAACGGUUAUUGGUAUCAAGGGUGCACAAGUUGUAUUCUCUAGUAUGGUUGAUGUCGAAGAGAAUGAAACAGAUUGGGCAAAUAGAAGACCAAAGGCCGAAUUUUGGUUGGAUUUGAAGGGAUUUGUGGAUAUUCUUGCCGGUAGACCAGAUGUUCCUAGACCGGAACGUAAAUUAAAGGGAUGGAAGGCGAAGGAUAGUAAGAGGGGUUUGAUUUGA